AACUCGAGUUUGCUGUAAAACAAGGAAUUUUCUAUCUUUUUUGAGCUUCUUCGUGAGUUUCGUGAUAAAAUAAGGUAAUAAGAGCAGAUUAGAGCCAUUUGCAACUCCAGUUAUCUUUCCUGUUGAAAAAAUAGGCCGGAGUAGUGUGAGAAACUUGGAGAAACGCAGCGCGAAACAUCCCCAAAAAGACCGGGCUGAAACCACGAAAAAGGAUUCUAAAUCCUUUAACAACUCCACCGGAACCAACUUUCAAUCAACUGCAGAGAGUAGAGAAAUCUGUGGCCAAGAUCCGGGAGUCACGAAAGAAAAAAAUCCGAAACCGAGGCCAAUCGGAUUGCCCCUCAUCGGUCCAUCUCACAUCCGGAAUCUGGAAUAGACCGAAAUGGCCAAGUACAUCGCUCAGAUAAUCGUUCUGGGAGGACAGAUCAUCGGAAAAGCCUUCACACGGGCGCUGAAACAAGAGAUAGCUGCGUCACAAGAAGCUGCGAAGCGAGCCGGCGGUGGCCAACAGGGCCAGAACCGGGCUGCAGCAAACCUCAGGACCGGUAUGACACUGGAAGAGGCGCAAGAUAUUUUGAAUGUUACCAAACUGGAUCCGGCGGAGGUGCAGAAGAACUACGAGCACCUGUUUCAGGUGAACGACAAGGCGAAGGGUGGUUCGUUUUAUCUGCAAUCGAAAGUGUUCCGUGCCAAGGAACGAAUAGACCAGGAACUGAAAGAACAGAAGCCUCCAGAAACCGAGAAAACAGACACCGGAACGCAGCCCGAAAAGUGACCUUCCACGAGCGUCAAAUGUGUACAAAUCAUUGAGUAAACGUUCGUCGUGUUUAGUGAAGUUAAAAGCUAAAAGGUGUAUUUACAAA